ACGCAGGUGGCCGACGCGUUUGGGGCUGCUGGCUCAGAAUGUGGUGCUCGAGCCCAGCCGCGAUGGUGGCCUUUUGCGCCUGGCUUUGGGUCUGUCACCCGGUGCCAGCGCAGGGCCAGGAGGCCGGGGGGCAGCCGGGGGCCGACUGUGAAGUAUGUAAAGAAUUCCUGAACCGAUUCUAUAACUCCUUGAUAGGCAGAGGAGUCAACUUUUCUCUGGACACCAUAGAAAAAGAAUUGAUCAACUUUUGUUUGGAUGUCAAAGGAAAAGAAAACCGCCUGUGCUAUUACCUAGGAGCAACGAAAGAUGCACCCACCAAGAUCCUAAGUGAGGUCACUCGCCCAAUGAGUGUGCAUAUGCCUGCAAUGAAAAUUUGUGAGAAACUGAAGAAGAUGGACAGCCAGAUCUGUGAGCUGAAAUAUGAAAAGGAACUGGACUUGGCAUCAGUGGACCUGUCGAAGCUGAGAGUAGCAGAGCUGAAACAGAUACUGCACGGCUGGGGAGAAGAGUGCAGGGCCUGCGCGGAAAAAAUUGACUAUGUGAAUCUGAUCAAAGAACUGGCACCCAAGUAUGCAGAGAUGCACCCCAAAACAGAACUCUGACCCUCAGAGGCCGGUGCACCACUGAAUGUAAUUUGAGACCAAACGGCUCUCUAGGAUAUGGACGUGUUGGUUAAUAGUAACCAGGAGUUGCACUGUAUAUGGUCUCAUACUUUUUGUUUUCCUGUUACACCUCAGAAUUGGUUAUUUGGGUUUAUAAGUAAAACUGUUAAUAUUAGUGGUAUCUUACAUUUACAAUCUACCAAAAUCUAAAAGUGCCUUUCUCGUAAUUUUCUUGUAAGGACUGUGUAAAUUAUCAUUGCCUGUCUCCUAAAAUUGGGAAAAAAGAACUACUGAAAAACUGAUGGAGUAAAUUGAUUCUAAGAAGGAAGAGAGUGCUCAGAGGCCCUUUCUCUGCACUAAUUUUUAAUUAAAUAUAUUGGAUUAGGGCAAAAGAAACAAUAUUUAGCUUAUCUAACUCCCAGCUUGAACCCGAAAUAAUAACCUGGCAUAAUCAAAAGUU